CCCUUGACCUCUCGAAACCAGACAGCCGCCGGAUCUUCCGUCAGGACCAACAACAACAAUCCAGACCAGUGCUGCCACCUCAUCAAAUUACACAGAGCUUUGAAUUGGAGACCCAAUGGGAAAAGAAAGAGGCAGACCAAAAAUCACAUGGAGAAGAACUGUGACUGGUGACCUGGCAGACAUGGGACUAUCCUGGCAAUCAGCAAAGAAGGUGGCCAAGGACAGACCCAGAUGGAAGGACAAAGUCAUGGCCUCAUGUCUCACAAUUGAUGAAGAGGAUAAGUAUUAAAGUAAGGACACCAUAUUACAGCUAUUUUCGAAUAUGAUGAUGGGGGAAGGCCAGCGUGGAAAAGAAGACGCCCUGUGGCGAAAACUGAAGGCCCUGCCGACUCUGUUUCAGCUUGACAUACCACAAAUGCCAGAGACGAGCUUCAGCAAGGUCAUCACCAAACUACGGUCGGAGAAACGCCAGGUUCCCGAGGAGUUUGAUGAAGACGUGAGGUCGGAAAACCUGCUGGCAUUCCUGCUGUUGUAUAUUGACAAGAUCGAGGAGGCCAAGCCUCACAUCGAUUCUGUGCUAAAAAAAACUGAAGACAGCUCAAACCUGGUCGCUUUAGGGAAUAUAUGCGCCUACUACCUCAAACAGUAUAAUGUUUCAGAAGCCAAGAAAUACUUGCAGACAAUUGACAUGGUCAUGAAGGAAAACGACCAAGUUGUGGAAGACAUAAAGACGAUAGCAAUAGGAGAACAAGGAUAUUGUCUGUCCAGGCUUGGGCCUAAGUGUCACCUUAUGGCUGCUGACAAGUUUUGCAAAGCCCUCAGUCGUGGAUCUCCAAACUACCAGCUAAAAAUCAAAUGGAACUAUGGGUUAGCUUUGUGCCUCGAUCGGCUCCUUGAUAGGGACAGUUUUGUGGAAGACCCUGAGUUUAAACCAGCCGAGGUUUAUGAAGAAGCACAGCGAUGUUUGGUGCUAGUAACUGGAAGUAACAUACAAGCUUUCUGUGGAAAGGGAUGGGUGGCAUUAGGCGAGGUCCACAGCAAGUAUGUGAAGAUACAUCACAAGUACUUUGAAGGCAACAGAAAACCUAAAGGUCUCAACACGUCUCAGAUAGAUGAAUGUUUUGAAAAUGGCUUAGCUGUUGCUCCAAAUGAUCACUUCGUACUAGAGAGGGUGGGUCGACGCCACAGACACAUGCGCCGCAUCGAUGAUGCGAUAGAAUGCCUGGAGAAAGCAAACGAAGUCCGCCCUUCUGCAUUUUCUUGGCACCAUCUCGGACUGGCUUACAGAUCAAAGGCGCCACGUGGAAGAAGUAGUCAGGGAUCAUUCCGGGGAAGAGGAAGAAGCAGUCAGAGGAGGCCUAGAGGUAAUCGAUAUAGAGGAUCUUCAGCUGUUGACCAAAGUCAGUCUGCUCCAUUUAGGGGGUGGAGAGGGGGUCGCAGGCGAUCGGGUGGACAAUACCGUGGCAGAAGCAAUGUCAACCAUGGCAACAGAAAUACCAGCCAUCAUUAUGUUAGACAGGAAGCUGAAAGUAGCUGCCACUGGUCUUCACACGGUCAGUGGAAUCUGAAUGGUAGAAAUCAGAGAGGAUGGCAUAGUCAACAAGGCUACACAAACCAGUCACAGGCUGUUAGUUCAUCAUCAGUGAAAGGAUUUGACACAAUGGAUGGACACAAAGAUGUACCAUACUCUACAAGAGGAGGUAGAAGUGGACAAAGGCGACCAAGAAGUAGAGGGUACCGUGGCAGACAAGAGCAUUUUCAAAGAUACAACGAUGACGGUGCUAGGACUCAGUUGGGACUGACAGAUCAAAGUCUAGAAAGUAAACCCUGUUCAGAUGAUGUUGACAAUGUGCAAAGAGAUUUUGGUCGGAUGACAUUAGAUUCUCGAGACCAAUCUGAGCAAAAUGCAGUCCAAACACAUCAUCAUGAUACAUUUUUAGAGAAGGCAAUGCAUUGUCUUGAAAGGGCUUAUGAAUUAUCUGAAGGUACGGGUGUUGCCAUCCCAGUAGGCCUAGCUGAGAUUCACAUGCAGAUGGGACAAUUUGACGAAGCUUUGCAGUAUUUCCGAAAAGCCAUCGACAAGGACAGUGUGUCAAGGUCUCUGGAGGCUGCUAGUUGCUACCAGAAAUGGGGGGAAUGUUUCCUUCAAAUGGGACAAGAAGAGAACGGGAAAAACAUGCUCCGAAAAGCUGUAGAAAGCGCUGCUAAAGUCAACGUUGAGAAGAGGGGAGCUUUCUCGAAAUUGGUGACACUAAUGCAGAAAGACUUGGGAAAAGAAGACCUGCAGGCUGACCACAUCAAUGAACUGGCUCAGUUGUACGAACUGGUUAAGCGUUAUGGAGAGGCACUGGGCUUGAGAGAAACAGCUCUACGACUGAAAGCUGAUGAUCCAACAACGCUCUGUGGUUUGGUGGAUAAUCUUCGAGCACAGGGAGACUAUGCCCAAGCAAGGAUGUACCUGCCCAUGUUACGCAAUCUUACAGAUGUGGAGGUCCCAAUGGAUGUAGUCAUUGAGGUAAACCUUGGAGCUGCAGAACUUCAGAUCCAACAGGACCCUCACCUUGCCAGCGGCAUCUUCCUGGAGACGUUUGUCUCUGUAUUCCCCACUGAACUUCACCCAAACCUCAUGUACAAUGUGUUUGUUUACAGUGACGAAGAGGACAAAGAGACAGCAGAAAGGCUGACAAUGCUGUGCGAGGAUCAGUACGAUCUGUCCUGCCGUUGUGUACAUCGGGACAUCCCCUGUACGCAAUCUGUAGUCGAGAUGGUGGCAGAUUUGAUCAACAAAAGCACUUGCAUCAUCUUUGUUGUCUCUAAAGCAAGUUUGCAAAAGGGUAUGAUGAAACUCGUGAUAGGACUGACCGUGCACUUGGUCAACACACGAGACUUUGGUAAUCUGGUAGCCGUGAAUGUGGAUGAUUGUGAUCUUCUGCCAGUCAUUUCUGUGUACCCAAGCAUCAGGAUGGAAGAUUGUUUUGCUCUGCCAGGGGGCACAACCUUGUUCAGGAAAAUGAUCUCAACAAAAAGUUGCUCACACUAGCUUUUAACUUUGUUAAUUCAUCUUCAAGUAUCAGUUCCAACAGGUCCUGAGUUCGAAUCCAUGCCA